CAUCCGAAUUUCCCUAAAGAAAACUACCCAGCCUAAAAACCCAAAACCAAAAGGAAAACUCUCUCACUGAAGCAUCCUCCCUCUUCUGUUAUUUCUUCUUGGCAUCCUCCCUCUUGCAACCCACAGCCUUGCUCUCUCGCCAAACCCGUUACCCUAACCUAGAGGCUUGUAGGGUGGUUUUUGAUGGCUUCCUCACCCGAAUCCGAUGAAUAUAAAUAUCUAUUUGAUUCCGAUGGAUAUGAUGAACAUAAGAUGAAUGAGAAAGAGGUCUCCUCUGACUUAUCUGUACCUGCGAACAACAAUUAUCUCUAUGAUUCUGAUGGAUAUUAUGAUGAUGGUGUUCGUGAGAUGAAUGAAGAAGAGGUUAACAGAUACUAUAAGGCCAUACAAGAAAGCGAGGGUUUUGAUGUACCUUCCUUCCCUGGAACAUAUGCUUUUGCUAUUAUUUCGCCCUUGCCCUUGAUUAACCUGAUCUCCGAAGAGGUUCGAGAAUGUGCAGGACAAGCUAUUAAACAUUACAACAAUGAAAAUGGUGCGAGUUUUGAAUUUGUGAAGAUGUUGAAAGCAAAUAGUCAAGCUGCAUUGGGGGAAUUGUUUUUCCUCACCUUUCAAGUCAAGCAAACGGGAGCACCACCGGAUUCUCCCACCACAACGCUCCAAGCACGAGUGCUGGCUGGUAUUUCUCCCGAUGAUUUUGACGUACAACUGUGCAGGCCAGAACCCACUAAUUGACCACUACCAACAAUCUAUCUAUCAUAUGUCUACAUAUUUCAGUAUUUUAUCCUUAAACACUAUCCUAAAACCAUGAUUAUAUAUGAUUAUUUGUUGCUUUUAUGUUAAA